UGGAGCCCCUACCUACAUGUAUGAGUUUCAAUAUCGGCCAAGCUUCGUAUCCGAAAUGAGACCCAAGACAAUGGAAGGAGACCAUGGUGAUGAUCUCUUCUCUGUAUGGGGAGCCCCCUUUUUAAAAGAUGGCGCCUCUGAAGAGGAGAUCAGUCUCAGCAGGAUGGUGAUGAAAUUCCAGGCCAACUUUGCUCGGAAUGGGAACCCCAAUGGGGAAGGGCUGCCCCAUUGGCCACAAUAUGACCAGAAGGAAGGGUACCUGCAGAUUGGAGUCCCAACACAGGCAGCUCAUGGGCUGAAAGACAAGGAAGUGGCCUUUUGGACUGAGCUCAGGGCCAAAGAGGCAGCAGAGAGGUCAACCCAGAGGAAGCACGUUGAGCUCUGAUCAGGAGGCCCAAGCCAGAUCUGAGAGCCUGGAGCAGAAAAAGGGAUAUUCCACAGAAGUUGUUUCCAAAUAAAAGCAUCCUAUUUUUGAGGACAUAGACACAUGUGGGAUGCUAUAUAAACACAAUGGAAAAAGACAUAGAGUUGUGUAGCAUACUGUACAAAUAUAAUAAGGAGAAACAUUUGAUUUUAUGUUCUCAAAUUUUAAUAUUACAAAGCCAUUUCCUUGGAAAUCGAAACAGAGUCUUUGGCUCAAGAUGAAUCUAUGGACCUUAGAGAGAGAAGUAUGGAGAGAGAUCCAACAACAUAAGAUGUCACUUCUGCAAGGUGUGGAUAAAUGAUUGACUCCCCUACUGUCUAUGGAAACAGGUACACUGUGGGAGACAUGAGAUUUCUCUGGUGCCACUUUGUCCAGGGUCCACACAAAGACCCACGCAUCCCAGAGAGGGCAGGAAUGACAGAACAGAGAAAUGAUCCCACCCAAGAGAGCACUUAUAAAACAAUUUACACACAAGUUAAGA